GCCCCAGGCGGGAGGGAGAGAGACAGACACGAGAGGAGGAGUUUUCCAGCUCGGCCUCCGCUGGUCCGCGGCGCAGCCCCUGGGUCUGGUCGGUCUCCUCCCACCCACGAGAAGCGCGCCGCGCAGCCGAGCCGAGCCGUGCGCAGCGCCGGCGCGCCAUGGGGAGCCCUGCACUCCGGCCCGCGCUGCUGCUGCUGCCGCUGCUGCUGCUGCUGCGAGUACCCCCGAGCCGCGGCUUCCCAGGAUCUGGAGACUCACCGCUAGAAGACGAUGAAGUCGGGUAUUCACACACUAGAUAUAAAGACGCCCCGUGGUGCUCCCCCAUCAAGGUGAAGUAUGGGGAUGUGUACUGCAGGGCCCCUCAAGGAGGAUACUACAAAACAGCCCUGGGAACCAGGUGUGACAUUCGCUGCCGGAAGGGCUACGAGCUGCACGGCUCUUCCCAGCUGAUCUGCCAGUCAAACAAACGGUGGUCCGACAAGGUCAUCUGCAAGCAAAAACGAUGUCCUACCCUUGCCAUGCCAGCAAAUGGAGGGUUUAAGUGUGUCGAUGGUGCCUACUUUAACUCCAGGUGUGAGUACUAUUGCUCACCAGGAUACACAUUGAAAGGGGAGCGGACAGUCACGUGUAUGGACAACAAGGCCUGGAGCGGCCGACCAGCCUCCUGUGUGGAUAUGGAACCUCCUAGAAUCAAGUGCCCAAGUGUGAAGGAACGCAUUGCUGAACCCAAUAAGUUGACUGUCCGGGUGUCCUGGGAGACCCCCGAGGGAAGAGACACAGCUGAUGGCAUUCUCACCGACGUUAUACUUAAAGGGCUACCCCCAGGCUCACAUUUUCCGGAAGGUGACCACAAGAUCCAGUACACAGUUUAUGACAGAGCUGAGAACAAGGGCACCUGCAAAUUUCGAGUUAAAGUAAGAGUCAGACGCUGCGGCAAACUCAACGCCCCGGAGAACGGCUACAUGAAGUGCUCCAGCGACGGCGAUAAUUACGGGGCCACCUGUGAAUUCUCCUGCAUCGGCGGCUACGAGCUGCAGGGCAGUCCUGCCCGAGUGUGUCAGUCCAACCUGGCGUGGUCUGGCGCAGAGCCCACCUGUGCAGCCAUGAAUGUCAACGUUGGCGUCAGAACAGCAGCUGCGCUUCUGGAUCAGUUUUACGAGAAAAGGAGACUCCUCAUUGUGUCCACGCCCACAGCCCGAAACCUCCUCUACCGGCUGCAGCUGGGGAUGCUGCAGCAAGCCCAGUGUGGUCUGGAUCUUCGACACAUCACCGUAGUGGAGCUGGUAGGUGUGUUCCCGACCCUCAUCGGCAGGAUAGGGGCAAAGAUCAUGCCUCCAGCCCUAGCUCUGCAGCUCAGGCUGUUGCUGCGGAUCCCACUCUAUUCCUUCAGCAUGGUGCUGGUGGAUAAGCACGGCAUGGACAAGGAGCGCUAUGUCUCCCUGGUGACGCCUGUGGCCCUCUUCAACCUGAUCGACACAUUCCCCUUGAGGAAAGAGGAGAUGGUCCUGCAAGCGGAAAUGGGCCAGACCUGUAACACCUGAUGGGCUGGGUCCUCUCUGGGCAGGUCCUCUUCUCUUUCUACAUCGUGCUAUGAACACAGAAAGGCCUGAAAAAUAUCCUUGAUGUACAGAUUUUUAUUUGUAAUUUUAAAAGUCUAUUUUAUUAUAAGCUUUCUUUGCACUUAAAAAUAACACUGCAUUUUGUACUCUGAAGGAUUCCCUCCCCAAAAUGAAUAUAUUUACUCUAACUCCAUCAUGGCUGGUUAAUUUUAUAGAGAAAUUAGGGAAUACACCCAUACACAUGCUUUCAAUGCACAUUAUUCAGUGUGACACAUAUCUUUUUUAUAUAAAACUUUUAAUAAAAUAUUUUGGAGCAAA